CUCUUCUUCCUCUCUAAAAUCUCCUCUUUCUUUUUUUUUCAUUCAAACAAACACUUUGGAUUUUAUUUUUUCUGUAUUUAGCGUUAAAAUAUGAAAACAUCUUUGAAGAAAUUGCGAGGAUUGGCUACUCUUAGACAUGAAAGGAAAGAACGAAGGCAUCGCCAACCUUCCGAUGAGCUUGCUAUGGCUGCUCAGGAUAUGCAAGAAAUGAAAGAUUGCUACGAUAGGUUACUUUCUGCAGCAGCUGCAACUGCAAAUGGUGCAUAUGAAUUUUCUGAAUCGUUGCGAGAAAUGGGCGAUUGUCUUCUUGAGAAAACGGCAUUGAAUGAUGACGAAGAAAGCGGUAAGGUGUUACUAAUGCUAGGUAAACUGCAGUUUCAGCUUCAGAGACUUGUAGAUAACUAUCGGUCUCAUAUUAUUCAGACUAUCUCAGUCCCCUCAGAAUCCCUUAUCAAUGAACUGCGCGUAGUUGAGGAAAUGAAGAUGCAAUGUGACGACAAGAGAGAAGUGUAUGAGAAGAUGAUGCAAAAACACAGAGAUAAAGGCAGGAUAAAAGGAACUAAAGGAGAACAUAUUUCUUCUCAUCAGCUGGAAGUAGCUUAUGAAGACUAUGAUCAGGGGGCAAAUGUUUUUGUAUUCCGUAUGAAGUCCCUCAGGCAAGGACAAUCCCGCAACCUUUUAACACAGGCAUCUCGACACCAUGCUGCUCAGUUAUCUUUCUUCAAGAAAGCCCUCAAGUCCCUUGAGGAGAUUGAGCCACAUGUCAAACUGGUGACGGAUCUGCAUCAUAUUGAUUACCACUUCCGUGGGCUUGAAGAAGAUGGAGUUAAUGCUGGCAAUGAGGAUGAAAACAGUUCCGUGGAUGACUCUGAUGAUGGAUCUGAGUCGCUUGAUGAUGGUGAACUGAGUUUUGACUAUGGACAGAAUGACCAGGUUUAUACAUCAACCCAUUCAAUGGAGUUGGAUAAGGUGGAUGUUGCAGUUCCCCAAGUUGCUUUGAAGGGUGCAUCAAAGGAAAAUCUCAGUAAGAGUCAUGGUGGGAACAGUUUUUCCUUCUUCAGGGAUGUCAACAGCACUAAAUCAGCACCACUUUUGUCUGGGAGGAAACCAGAUCCUGCUGAGGGUGCCGCACGAAUGACUUCGUCACUCUCAAACAAGUUUCAACCAUAUGUUCUACCCACACCAGUGGAGGCGAAGAUUCCAGAAUCAGUAAAAUCGCAUAACAUAGACCCUCAAACAAAGCGAACUAGCCAGGCUACUAGUGUAGUUCAGAAGUGGCAUUCCUCCCCUUUGGAUCAGUUCAAAUAUGAAAAGCUUGUGGCAGGUGAUAAGUUCUCUGGACCUAUCACCAUGAAUACACAAUCAGUUCCCACAGAGAGCAAAAACAAUGCAAGUACUGGUUGGUUGCCCCCUCCACUGUCAGAAGGCCUCUCAUCUGCACAACGUGAUUUGUCCAAUGCCAAAAAGGUCAAGAGACAAGCCUUUUCUGGUCCAUUGACGGCAAAGCCAUGGCCAAAGAAGCCCAUUGUUUCUUCUGGUAGUCCAAUUGCCUCAUCUGGAUACCCUCUGCAUUUUUCUCUGCCUUUCUUGCAUACUUCAACGCCUGAACCUUCAUCAACCCCUAAAUUAUCUUCACGUACUUCCCUCAUGUCAUCACCUAAAAUAAGUGAGCUACACGAACUACCUAGACCACCAGCUAAAGUAACCUCUACAAGACCCUUACGUCCGGUUACUCGUUCAGGACCUUUGGUCUCAAAAGUUCAGGAUUUUUCUCCUACAAAUAAAGCGGCAGUAUCUUCAGCUGCUUCUACCCUACCAACUCCUCCAGCUCUUCCUCGUAGUUACUCUAUACCAUCUCGGGGUCAGAUAGAAACAUCACUUCAUGUUUCUAAGCCACUGGAAGAUAUGGCUUCAUCACCUCCUUUAACGCCAAUAGCCUUGGUGAAGGACCACCAUACUUCCCCUGCUUCGUAGCCUCCAAACUAGGUAGUCAAAUUAAAGGUGUAACUACGAGAGCCACCAGGGAUUUUUCUGGCUUUUCAAAGGAGCUUAAUCAUUCUUCUAUCAGUGCAAUCCAGUUAGGGUGAAAGGCAGCAUUUUGCUAGGGUAUCCUAAAUGUACAGGUUAAGUCUUCUGUUGCUUCUGAUAUAUCGUGGCAUUUUUGUUCUUACCGUUAAGUAUGUCUGUUUGCUCUUCUCAUGAGAUGCAGGCGUCUUCACC